UAUGUUCGACACUAACAUCCGACCAAAAUAUUGGCCAAGUCGCUUCUUCUGCCACAUGCUGUCGUAUGGAAUAUUGUGAAAAAUAUCAAAAUAGUGUUGUAGCGUGAGUCGAGUUUCAUUAGUUUACUGAGUGACUUCUUUUGACGCGCGAUUAAUUCUCAAGCGUAGGUGUUUCGUUUAUGUCAACCCCAUAUGUCAACCGGCACGCUUCGUUCAACCAAUUAGCCGAAACGACCAAGCAAUGAUGGACGGCAUUUGCCGAAUGAAUUUACGAAGCAGAAACGGAUUUUGUUACACAAUACGUUUUUAAACGUAUAUUUUUCUACAUUAUAAGAUGGUUCUGACGUGUCGUUUCUACUCCGCUAGGUAUCCUGAACCAGAUGAUGUUGUCAUGGUUAAUGUCCGCCAGAUUGCUGACAUGGGCGCAUAUGUCCAUUUGCUCGAGUACGACAAUAUCGAAGGUAUGAUCCUAUUGUCUGAACUCUCGCGACGGCGAAUUCGGUCGAUUAAUAAACUCAUUCGCGUCGGACGCAACGAAUGUGUCGUUGUUAUUCGAGUCGACAAGAAUAAAGGAUACAUCGAUUUAUCAAAACGUCGCGUGUCCGCUGAGGAUAUCGUUAAGUGUGAGGAAAAAUUUGCAAAAGCUCGCGCAGUGAAUAGUAUUCUGCGACAUGUUGCGGAAAGAUUAGAUUAUACUAAGGCACAGCUCGACAAACUUUAUAGGAAAACAGCGUGGCACUUUGACGAGAAACUCAAAAAAGUCACCGCGGGACAUGACAUCUUUAAAGCAGCAGUUACCGACCCGAAGGUUCUCGAUGAAUGCAACUUGGAGAAACCAGUCCUUGAUCUCCUUUUACAGACAAUUAAUCACCGUUUAGCUCCUCAGGCCUUAAAAUGUCGCGCCGAUAUUGAGGUAUCAUGCUAUGAGUACGAAGGCAUCGACGCCGUAAAAAAUGCUCUUCGGGACGGAAUGUCCCUAUCCACCGAGGAUAUGCAGAUAAAGAUUAAUUUAAUCGCGCCGCCGCUUUACGUCAUGACUACAACCACGAUGGAACGCACCGAAGGUUUAGACUUGCUGAACAAAGCCAUUGCUAAGGUUGAGCAAACAAUCAAGGCUGCCGGCGGUGUAUUUAAUGUGCAGAACGCACCUAAAGUUGUGACCGAUAUGGAUGAAUUAGAGCUUGAGAAGCAGCUUAAAAGUUUGGAGGAAGAGAAUCGUGAGGUUGACGGCGAUGACGACAACGAUGACGAAGCAGGCCCUCCGAAGGCUACUUCAGACAGCGACGAAGAAAGUGGAGAUGGUGCCGGUGGUGCCGGUGGUGGAGAUGAGGAUUAGACAAAUGCUUGAUACAAACUCGAUGAAUAAGAAAAAAAAAAGAAAAAUGGACAUCCUAGCUUCUGUGAAAUAACCGUGAAAAUCAACUCUAUUUGUAAAACGUAGCAAACAAAUACAACCUUUAUG